ACGCGGAAGAGCAGUCAGUCAGGCCGUGGCUCCAACGGAUGACAUUUCUGUGGACGUUUUAGGCUUUUUUUUGUUUUGUUUUGUUUUUUAAAAACUACAUUCAUCGAACCGACUUUAAAUAAAGCCAGUUUAACGCUAGAGCGCUUCCUAAAUGUUUUGGGUAGAAGCUGUGCUGUAAUUGGUUUGUAAGGAGUUUAUAACCAUCAUGAGUAAUUUUAGGGACGAUAGUGAUUCUGAAGUGGAUCGGAUCAUGAUGGACCGACCGUCCAGCAGUUAUGGCUCCAUGCAUAGUGAUGAUCAUGAAGGUGAAGAGGAUGAUGAAUUUGAAGAACAUCUGCUCAAACUACCAGCAACAAGGGUCAGGCUUCACCGCUCUGAUUCGCCAGAGACUCAAAUGGUGGAGUGUCUUUCCCAGCUCCAUCCGGAGGAGAUCGCCUAUUUUAAGCGCUCCCUGAGUACUCACUGCAGAUUCAGGAAGAACUACUCAAGGAUUGCGGAUCUUAAUGACCCGCUGGAUCUGGCUGAUAAAAUGAUCGAGGUCUGCGGGCUGGGAGAAGCUCUGCAUCUGACCAUACGAGCCAUCCAAAAUGUCGGAAAGGACAAUCUGGCCGAAUACCUAAGGAAGACCUGUAGAAGAGGUAAAGCAGCAUCACACUUCACAAAAAAAUUCAUCGGGAUUCAACUGACGAAAGCGCCAUUAGACGCCCUUCUCACCAGCUUAAUAAAAGGCACGUUGCUUCCGAACGCCCGAGUUUGGAUCACCAGCCACGUCACUGCCGCCCACCGAAUUCCUCCGCAGCUAAUCGACAGGUAUGUAGAGUUAAGAGGAUUCACGGAUGAAAAGAAGGAAGAAUAUUUUACCAAGAGGACCACCGAUCCUGAGCUCGGUAGGAAGGUUUAUAACCACAUGAAACGCUCCAAAGCCCUUGAGAUCAUCUGCCACCUUCCUCUCUUCAGCUGGAUGGUGGCGUUCAUCUUCGAACGAGGCUUUCGAGAUCCCGAGUACGGCAAACACCCACCUGGCAUCACGGCGUUUUUUUCGCAGUUGAUCAUCGUGCAGAUGAACCGCUCGUUCGAGAAGUACCGCGGCUGCAACGUUGAGGAUCAAAAGUGGAGGGAUGAAGAUAACAGGUUUAUUUACAUGAUGGGGAAAAUGUCAUAUAGGAUGAUACAAGAAGGUCGGGACUGGUUUACGGUGGAAGAUUUGACCUCUGUCAACCUGACCUAUGAAGAUUUGCGCAGUCGCGAUGAAUUAACCACUGAGGUCAAACGAAAGAACGAAGACAUUCAUACUUGGGUCUUUAAGUUUGUUCACAUUACCGUUCAAGAGUACAUGGCCGCCAUGUAUGCCUAUGUGGCGUUUCGGAAACAUGGUAAAAAUGUGAUCGAACCAAGCAAAAUGUCUUGGUUUCAGGGUCCAAAUAAGGAUCGGCCUGUGAUUGAACUGUACCGUCCUGCCAUCGACCGCGCGCUGGCGUCUCCGAAUGGUCAUCUGGACAUGUUCCUGCGGUUCCUGGUCGGAUUGGUGACUCCAGGAACUGAGGAUAACCUGCGCGGAUACCUGCUCGGUCACUACCACCCCAAAGCCAAAGGCACAGAGGAAGUGGUCAAAUACAUCAACAAAAAAAUGAGAGAUAACAUCCAUCCUGACAGGAGAAGAAAUCUGGAGUUGUGUCUGGUGGAGCUGGAGGAAGGCAAAGAGUAAAGAUGAGAAGAAACAAAGCAGGACAGUGUUCAAUCUGUUAAGCGGGACUGUGAAACACUAAACUAAACGCAGUGUCUCACAGGAACGACUCGGUUAAAGGGAUGGUUCACCCUCUCAUUAUUUACAA